GGGUUGUUGGGGGUCGGUAGCCCGUAGCAUUACUAGUCAGCACAUAAAUACCCCCCCUUUCUACCGUGUACUGUACUGAUCAUUUCUCUCUCCCUCAUCCAUCUCGGCAGUCCUCGACGUCCAUCUGAAUCUAUUCCUUCUGCGCCUUUUCAUCUUCAACGAUGGCCAAGGAACCAGUUCGCGUUCUUGUUACCGGUGCUGCAGGACAAAUUGGAUAUGCCCUUGUACCCAUGAUUGCUAGGGGAGUCAUGCUUGGUGCAGACCAACCUGUGAUCCUCCACAUGCUUGAUAUCCCCCCAGCUGCUGAGGCUUUGAAUGGUGUGAAAAUGGAGUUGGUGGAUGCUGCGUUCCCUCUGCUUAAGGGGGUUGUUGCCACGACGGAUGUUGUUGAGGCAUGCACUGGGGUGAAUAUUGCUGUCAUGGUUGGUGGCUUCCCAAGGAAAGAGGGCAUGGAAAGAAAAGAUGUGAUGUCAAAAAAUGUUUCCAUUUACAAAGCCCAGGCUUCUGCAUUAGAGAAGCAUGCGGCUGCAAACUGCAAGGUUCUGGUGGUUGCUAAUCCCGCGAACACCAAUGCACUUAUUCUGAAGGAAUUUGCACCAUCCAUCCCAGAGAAGAACAUUACUUGCUUGACCAGACUAGAUCACAAUAGGGCACUUGGUCAAAUCUCAGAGAGAGUGAAUGUUCCUGUUUCUGAAGUGAAAAAUGUCAUCAUUUGGGGAAAUCAUUCAUCAACACAGUACCCUGAUGUCAACCAUGCUACUGUUAAGACGCCAUCUGGGGAGAAGCCCGUCCGCCAACUUGUUAAUGAUGAUGCCUGGUUGAAUGCAGAAUUCAUUACCACAGUCCAACAACGAGGUGCAGCGAUCAUCAAAGCUCGAAAACUUUCAAGUGCGUUAUCUGCUGCUAGUUCAGCUUGUGACCACAUUCGUGAUUGGGUUUUGGGAACUCCAGAGGGCACCUGGGUUUCCAUGGGGGUGUACUCUGAUGGUUCAUACAAUGUACCUGCUGGACUCAUUUAUUCAUUCCCUGUCACAUGCCAAAAUGGAGAAUGGAAAAUUGUACAAGGGCUCCAAAUUGAUGGACUCUCAAGGAAGAAGUUGGACUUGACUGCAGAGGAGCUAUCUGAGGAGAAAGCUUUGGCAUACUCAUGUUUGUCAUAAGUGGUCUUUCCCUUUCUCAUCUUUGGCUGAUUACGGGUGACAGAGAGCUUGUUUUGAAUAAAGUCAUUUUCUGAAAUAUGAGGCCAGAACCUUUGAUAAUGUUGGAUUUCCUUUUUGUCUGUCAAUUAAUGGCAGUUAGCCGUAAAACUCAUAACUAAACACACCUUUUCAUGAGCGAUAGCUGCUUUAUGCAGCUGGGAUGUUUAAUUGCUCCUUGUUUUGUUUAAUUCAUGAUGCCUUUAGUGAAUAAUGAUCAUUACUCAUUACUCAUACUUUUACUU